GCAGGAGCGACUCCAAAACCAGCACCAUCAGCACCAUGCCCAUGACGCUGGGUUACUGGGACAUCCGCGGGCUGGCUCACACCGUCCGCCUGCUCCUGGAAUACACGGACACCAGCUAUGAGGAAAAGAUAUACUCCAUGGGGGACGCUCCCGACUAUGACCGAAGCCAGUGGCUGAGUGAGAAAUUCAAGCUGGACCUGGACUUUCCCAAUCUGCCCUACCUGAUUGACGGCACUCACAGGCUCACCCAGAGCAAUGCCAUCGUGCGCUAUCUUGGCCGCAAGCACAACCUGUGUGGGGAGACGGAAGAGGAGAAGAUUCGUGUAGACAUUUUGGAGAACCAGGCUAUGGACAACCGCUGGCAACUUGGCACUAUCUGCUACAACCCUGACUUUGAGAAGCUGAAGCCUGACUAUCUGAAGGGCCUCCCAGACAAGCUGACACUGUACUCCCAGUUCCUGGGGAAGCGGCCCUGGUUUGCAGGGGACAAGAUCACCAUUGCUGAUUUCCAUGCUUAUGAUGUCUUGGAUGGGAACCGUAUAUUUGCUCCUGGUUGCCUGGAUGCGUUCCCAAACCUGAAGGAUUUCAUGGCCAGAUUUGAGGGCCUGCCGAAGAUGGCUGCCUACAUGAAGUCCAGCCGCUUCCUCCCAGUGCCUAUGUAUUUAAAGCUGGCCUCCUGGACAGGAAAAUAAGACUCUGGAAUGAGGUGGGAGGGCUGUCGGAAGCUCAGCCCUGCCUCAGCCUACUCAUUCCUCUCCCUCCUCCCACCUCCCCAGCCUGCUGCCCCCUGUCCUCUAAGGCAGCCCUUCCCAUAGAAGCCCUGGCCAGCCUCAGCUCUGCCCUCUUCAUCCUCAGCCCCUGGGCUUUUCCUCCUGCACUAAGGCCAACCCCAUGGCCCUGUCUCUGCCAUGAGGGGCCCUGAAUGUCCCUGAGUUCCUCAGAUGCCAGAGAGGUCUCUGGGCCUGUGCUGGCCCUGUUCCACAGCAAAAUCUCCCUGGCACUGCCUGUUCCCCAGGAAGCUUGAAUCUCAGCCCGCCUGUCCUCUUCUCCUGGGAGCCCUGACUUGGCACUGGUCUUGCUGGAGUUUGGGUAUUUUCUUUUUUUUUUUUUUUUGUGGCCACAGCAGUGCCUAGCAGAGCAGGGUGCUGUGGGUGUGUCUGGUCCGCUGGGGUUCCUUGGUGUCAUUUCUCAGUGCUGUCCAUGUUGCUCUGUUCUUCUCUUUGGUUCCCUCCUUCUGCCUGGGUCCUCAUUCCUGCAGUAUGGUGCCAGAGCUCAAGCACCCCUGCAGCUGGGCCCUGGUUCUGUGAGCUGCUGGGCUGAUGGAAAGAGGUGGCUGUCCAUGGGUCCACCCCUGCUGAGACCCUUCCCCAGAUGGCCUUCCUGUUAUGCAUAUUCAUUGUCUUUUUUUUCAGAUUGUUUUAUAAUAAAAAAAAACCCACUGUAUUGUAA